CUCGCUCGCCUCCUCUGUACCCUGUCAUUCAAUGCAAUUGUCAACUUGUCAUACGCGUUGCUGAUGUGAUAGUGAACGAUCGUGGCUUAGUGUUAUUACAAUUAUUUUGUAAAUGUGGUGUGUUUAUGUGAUAAUGAGAAACCACACGUUAGAAUACCUAAUAAUUAAGUGAUAAGUGCAUUUUGAGGUCAGUGUCCUGUUAAAAAUUGUUAUUUUUUGUAUGUCAUCUCACCGACAACAUGGCGGCCCCCCGUCACAAAUCACAACAGAAAAACAUAUCUUCGAUAUUUUCGAAGUUACACGGUGCAUUCUCGGAUGCGGUGUGCCCGACAAAAUUCGCGACGGAUAAGAGGACAUUAGAUAAAACUUGGAAAUUAAUGGACAAAGUUGUGAAACUGUGUCAACAUCACAAAAUGAAUCUGAAAAACAGUCCGCCGUUUAUUCUCGAUAUAUUGCCGGAUACAUAUCAGCGAUUGCGGGUUAUAUACUCAAAAUAUGAGGAUAAUAUGCAGGCGUUGAAUAACAAUGAACAUUUUAAUAUAUUUAUUAAUAAUUUGAUAAGAAAGUGUAAGCAAGCUAUAAAGUUGUUCAAGGAAGGCAAAGAGAAAAUGUUUGACGAGAACUCUCAUUAUAGACGUAAUCUGACGAAGUUGAGUCUUGUGUUUAGUCAUAUGUUGAGUGAGUUGAAGGCGAUGUUCCCAAAUGGAACAUUUGCGGGUGAUCAGUUCCGUAUAACGAAGAGUGAUGCAGCCGAGUUUUGGAGAACAAACUUCGGUAACAGCACACUGGUGUCGUGGAAAAUCUUCCGUGAAGAGUUGAACAACGUGCACCCAAUAUCCUCGGGGCUGGAGACUAUGGCGCUGAAGACCACGAUAGACUUAACGUGUAACGACUUCAUCUCCAACUUCGAAUUUGAUGUGUUCACCAGGUUAUUUCAGCCCUGGAGUACAUUACUGCGCAAUUGGCAGCUGUUAGCUGUCACACACCCUGGUUACGUGGCCUUCCUCACCUAUGACGAGGUGAAGGCGAGACUGCAGAAGUAUAUUCAUAAGGCUGGAAGUUAUGUGUUCAGAUUGUCGUGUACGCGACUCGGCCAAUGGGCCAUAGGUUACGUCACCGCUGACGGCGAGAUACUGCAGACGAUACCACAGAACAAGAGUCUGGUGCAGGCACUGCUCGACGGCUACAGAGAGGGAUUCUACUUAUACCCAGACGGCCGGGACACGAAUCCGGACCUGAGUAGCGCCAUCAUCUCGCCGGCCGAGGAUCACAUCACAGUAACACAGGAACAAUACGAGCUCUACUGCGAGAUGGGUAGCACGUUCCAACUGUGCAAGAUAUGCGCAGAGAACGACAAAGAUAUUAGAAUAGAACCGUGCGGUCAUCUAUUGUGCACGCCGUGUCUCACAGCGUGGCAGAUUGAUUCGGAAGGUCAAGGGUGUCCGUUCUGUCGCGCGGAAAUAAAGGGCACUGAGCAAGUCGUCGUGGACGCGUUCGUUCCUCCGCGACCGCCCAACACAACUAGUGAUGUCAAAAGCGCAAACACAAAGACUGCCGUGAAGCCGGUAUCGUCGAACUCAUCAGGGUCGUCCGGAUCGUCCGGCUGCAACGGUUCUAGUGUAGAUGUAACUAUAUCGAACAACUCCAACGGUUGGUCAAGAAAUGCCACGUUCAAUGGACUCACUGAUGACAUAGAUGACGCUGAGAGACGCGCGAGAAAAUCACCGCAUGCUUAGUUGCACGUGCUUGUUACGAUCCAGCAGUUACAUUCCAUUGUUUUUGUAUCGUGUCAUUGGAUAUUAUUAUUAUUAUUUAUAUAUAUAUAAGUGAAAGUACCAUAAUACGUACUAGAAUCGCUUUCCGCGCGGUUUUUUUCCCGCGCAUUUGUGUAUUGGAAACUGUUCAUGUUGGGCGCUCUUAUAAUUUUAUCGUCACGAUAUAAUGCACGAUUAAGACGUCUUUAAUUUUUAACGACAAUAUCGUUGAUAUAGAUAUCGUGGACAUACACGGAAAACAACUAUACGAAACAGUAUACUCUGUUAUGUCCAUGGUACUGCUCAUGUCUAUAGGCGACGGUUACCACUUUCCAUCAGGUGGGCCGACAGCUUGUUUGCCAUUCUGAGUUGCAUAAAAAAAUUAUCUACUUUAUUUUUUUUUUCUUUUAUAAAAUACAGCCCAUGUUCCUUGCUGACAAUGUAGUUUUCUAUAGAUAAAAGGUAUUAUAAAAGCCAUCCAUUACCCAAAAAAAAAAAACAAUACUUUCGUCUUUGUAAUAUUAGUUUGGAUUCUAUAAAUUAUGCUUUACUUUUUUUUUUUAUAUUGAUUCAGGAAAGACAUAGUGCAUAAAGCGCUACUUUGGCUGAUAUUUCAAUUACAUUAUUUAUUUAUCAUUAAAUGUAGUUUUUUUUUUCUACGUCAUAUUGUAUAUUUAUUAUAUGAACGCUCGAUGUAACGCUUUUAAUUCCGUUUACGAUAAAUUUGCUGUUAUUAUUUUUAAUACCACUCAGGUGAAACAAACAUACGGCCCACCUGAUAGUAAGCGUUUACUGUAGUCUAUAAACACCUGCAAUAUCAGGUGGUCUACCAUGAAAUGAAAUUUCGAAUUAUCGGGCUCAAUUUCGUGUUUUUGUUCGUACCGAAAUCGAGCCAGUAAAUGGAGCUUAACAUUUUGUUCAUCAUAAAUCCUAUCCUAAUUGUCUAGAAGAACGAUAUUUUAACAUUUUUAAUAAUUUUAAACGGCAUGUAUUAUGUAUUUUUAACAUCAAAUUUCUGUUUCGUUCGUCCCCGAAAUUUAGGAAGAUAUUUCAUGGUAGGCCCCCUGAGGUAUUAUGUGCGCGUUGCCGCCGCUAAAGGAACUUCUUUACCUCUUUUUUGCACAACUCCAUAUUGGAAUCUCUUUAUUUUAUUUAUUUACUUCUAGAACUUGAUUUGAUUGAUGAUCAAUUAUUAAAAUAAAAGUUCCAAUAAAGCCUUAAUAGUAUAUUAAUAAAACAUUGUGUCUAAUUAAAUGUGUAAUCCCAUUAUGAGCUCUCGCGAUAUAGUUUUACAAAGUAUGUGUGUACCUACCUAUAAAUAAAUACAUAAUAGUUUAAAAUUAUAAUCCCUAUAAAUACAAUUAAACAACAUACAUAUAUAGUUAUUAGAAAAUUAAUCGCUUCCUUCUAAAUAAGUUUGUCUCCAAUAAUAUCGUGACGAUAAAAUCGUGCCGUGUCGUGCUAUGAUAAAAAUACUUGGCCAUGGCCAAUACCUGGGAUAAAAUAUGACCGGUAAAAAAUAUUUUGUGCGUAUUAACCCAAAUAUGCAAUGAUUGCUGAUAGACUUCGGAUAGAUUAUCUGACAGAUAGCGUAUUUUUUUUGUCUGUACCACUGACCAACAUAGAGAUAGAUGUAGCAAUAUCUCUAUCUGAAUACUAAACGUGUCGCUACUAAACUGCAUAUUGUGAUGUUACAAAAAUUAUUAGUCAAGGUUUGAAGAGUGAGGUAUGGCAGUGAAAUUACAAGGCAUAAGAACAGUGACGCCUUAGCUCUCACGAAUAGUAACUCAGAGUAGCCACGAAUGUCGCAGUGUAUUCAGUAAUAUCUAAUUUGCUGGUCUACCUCAAUCAUUUAUUGUAGUAAGUGAUUAAGGUAGCAAUAUAUGGCAUAAACCAUCCGCUUGUUAUAAUUUCUGGUUGCAUAAAAAAUACGUGAUAUCUAUAAAAUAAUGAAUUAAACGCAAUCUGUCAGAAGACUGUUAACUUUAUUGGCAAUCUGGUAUAAUGGUUAUUAAAAGAGAUUAGUAUUAAAUAAUAAAGUAUUAAAUCUAUUUAAAUUUAUUUUUGGUACUUAAAUCGACGUUACAGGUAAACAGUACCUACUAUGGUAAUACUUGACUUUUUUUAUUGCCAACGUUUCGAUGCUGUUAUAAAUAUGUGUAAAAAUGGGAACGUUUAAAAUUAAGUAUUAAAUGAUAGCAAUUUCUUAAGUAAAAAAAAAAGAAAUUUGUAAAAUUAUAAAUUCAUCAUUCCGAUAUUCAAACUUUUUUUUAUUAUAUUACAGAUAAUAUGAAUUUAAAAUUUGAUUCUCUACAAACUAUUUAUUUAUAGUGUAAUUUUUAAUUUUUUUGGACUAAUAUAUAUCAAUUUGUACACAAGAAAUGCAAAAUAUUGUUUAUUUCUGAACAUUUUUAAAUUAUAAGAUGUUCUAAAUUUAAACGAGUUACUAUUACACAAUUUUUUUUUUUUUUAGAAAAGCAUGAAUUAUUUUUUAUUCUUGCAAUUUUUAUUUGUGCCACAAUCGGUCAAUUAUUUAUUUACUUAUUUCCUUUUCUCGUUAUAAUAUUAUUUAUUAUAAUAAUUUAUCAUAUAGGGACAAAUGAAGACUUAACAGUUCUGAAACAACUUUUUUUAUACAAAAAUAAACACUAGAAUUUAAUUUAUUCACAUAAAUUUAUUCAAAUUAAAAAGCGAAAAAUAUCUAGAGAGACAAAUCAAAUGUACGUAUAAAAUAUACUAAAUGUAUUAAAACUAUUUUAUAAUAUUCUUUUUUUUAUACGAUGUCUAAAUACAUAUCUAACGGAAAAUUAACAAACUCCGUUUCCGAUAAUUGUUUAGACAUUGUCCAGUAUUAAAACAAGACUUUAGCUUAAUAAUAAUAUGGUGCAUUAUUGUUUUCUGCGCCUUUAGAAGACUUUCUUUUCUCGUCAAUUAAUUGAUGUAAGAAAGAAGCAUACAAAAAAAUAACUUAUUGAUCUUAAAAUAAGGUUCUCAAUUCUCUAAGUCGACUUCACUAACCAACUUACAAUAUGGAGAACAUUCUUCUGAAGCAAUUUUGAUGUCUUUAAUCCAUUUUCACAAUAAUAAUCGUAUAUGUCUCAUACAUUACCGUUCAUCAUAUUUUUUGUAAAAUAAAAUGGCCUUAUUGCACUUAAAAAAUAAAACUGUACUUUUAUAACUAAAGUAUAAAAUAAGUUGUUUCAUAAUUAAUUAUUUUGAAUAAUCAAAGUUUCAUAUUAUAAUGCAAAUAGUUUGUAAUUAAUUUUAAUUAUUUCAAAUUCGACGGCUCUAAUUUAAAUUUAAGUGAUAUGAAGAUCUUAUUGUUUUUUUUUUUAAAUUUUCGAAGCCAGUUUUUGUAAGCUGUUUUCAUGAAAUAUAUUUUUUUUUAUAAUUUUUACUUAUAAGAUUUCACUCUUUUUUUUGUGUAAAAAUAGUAUUUUUUAUUGCUAAUUUACUGAUUUAUUUAUUUUUAAGUUUUUAAUGUUGACAAUAUACGCUUGGUGAUAUGUGCUUAUGUGUUUUUUUUUUU